UUUGUAGAAUGGAGUAUUAUAUUUUUCUUAUGCUUAUGCAUGACUCUUUCUUUAAGAUAACUCUCUAUUAUGGUUUUUGUUUCUAGUGCGAGCAAGAAACUUGCAUAGUUCUUUUCUUCCAUUCCAAGAAAUUAUUAUUCCUAUGUAGAUUAGAUAAGAAGGAAACGAAGUAUGAUAUAGUGUAUAUCACCGCGGAUUAUAUUUCACUUUAUCAAAUAGUUUAAAACAUUCAAGAGUAAAAUUGGAACCGAAAAAAAAAAAAAAUGUAAAUUAUCUUUGCCGUCAAAAUGCUGACGCAUUCGACCGCUGGUAAUCUCCCGAAGACAAAGCAAAGCAUAUUUUGGUGAGCACACAAACACAUAGUAGUAUACCAGCACACAAACACAUAUUUUGAUGUUUUAACUUAACCAUGAAUUACGUGCUACCAUUUUUCUCCAUUUCUUCCAUUACUAUGGCUGGACUUCUAAUAAUCUUCUCAACAGGAGCUGAAGCUAGCAUUGGUGUAAACUACGGCACACUUGCCAACAACCUCCCUCCGCCGCAACAAGUAGCGGAGUUCCUCCUCCAUUCCACCGUCAUUAACCGCAUCCGCCUCUUCGACACCGAUCCUCACAUCCUCCAAGCCUUUGCUAACACCGGUAUCGCCAUCACCGUAACCGUCCCCAACGACCAAAUCCCACACUUAACCAACCUCUCCUCCGCCAAACAAUGGAUCUCCGAUCAAAUCCAACCUCACUUCCCAUCCACCAACAUCAUCCGUAUCCUCGUCGGAAACGAAGUCAUCUCCACCGCCAAUCACCUUCUCAUCAGAACCUUAAUCCCAGCAAUGCAAUCUCUCCACACCGCCUUAGUGUCCACCUCUCUCCACCGUCGAAUCCAAAUCUCAACGCCACAUUCUUUAGGAAUCCUCACUAAUACAACCCCACCGUCUUCCGCUAAAUUCCGGCGAGGCUACGACACAAAUGUGCUUAAGCCUCUCCUUAGCUUCCUCCGAUCUACUUCUUCUCCGUUCGUCGUGAAUCCUUACCCGUUCUUCGGUUACUCAAUCGAAACUCUCGAUUUCGCUCUCUUUAGACCUAAUCCAGGCUUAUUCGAUCAACACCCGAAGCUUCUCUACACAAACAUGCUCGAUGCUCAGCUUGAUUCGGUUUAUUCCGCCAUGGAUAAGCUAGGGUUUUCAGAUGUUGAGAUCGUGAUUGGCGAAAUUGGAUGGCCAUCGGAGGGAGAUAUAGAUCAAAUCGGCGUUGAUGUUGCUACAGCGGCUGAAUUUAACAAGAAUGUGGUGACGCGUGUAAAUUCCGGUACCGGAACUCCAUUGAUGCCAAAUCGGACUUUUGAAACUUACAUUUUCGCGCUCUUCAAUGAAAAUCUUAAAUCGGGACCAACGUCGGAGCGUAAUUUCGGCAUCUUCCGAUCUGAUUUGACUCCGAUCUAUGACAUCGGAAUCCUCCGGCCAACGUUUAGAUCAUCGAAUCCGGAGAAUAAUACGGCAACGCCGGUUCGAGCAUCGCCGGAGAAGCGGUGGUGUGUUACAAAGGCCGGUGCUGAGACGGUGGCUUUACAAAGGAACAUUGAUUACGUAUGUGGAUUGGGCUUGGACUGUAGGCCCAUUAAUGAAGGUGGGCUUUGUUUUUUACCGAACACAGUAAAAGCCCAUUCGGAGUACGCCAUGAACUUGUAUUACCAAACUAUGGAGAAACACGAGUUUGAUUGCGAUUUCGACAACACUGGAGAGAUAACUACGAUUGAUCCAAGCUAUGGAAAUUGUGAAUAUCAGGCUUAGCAAGCUUACCUUCGUAUAAAAAAAACGUACAAGUGUUUCUUUUUUAUUUGUACGAAAUUGAUGUACUCAAAAUUGCACGAUGUAUGCAGUAAGUAUUCAUGGUUCUAGUUCGAAUCAAAAAUAUUUAGUAUUGUAAUAUUCACUCUUAGCAAAUUACUCCACUUGACCACUUAUCAUAUGAUUCAUAUCGACCUGCUUUUAGUU